AUGGCGAGAUUGAAAAGAGCUCGAGCCCUGCAUCAACACCAGAAUGCGCACUCCGGUCCGAAUACGAGCCAUGGCACGGGCAGGAAGCAUCGCAAGAUGAGCUCCUUUGCUAAGCUCUCGACGAAGAACAACUACAAAAACAGUGUGACCAAGGAGAAUAAUGAAAAGAAUAUUGCGCCGCCGCGGAAGAAUGAAAAGCACCAACAGAAGCAACACACAAGGCCAAUUGUGCCGUUUCGCAGAAAGGAUCGUAUUCUAUUAGUUGGAGAGGGCGACUUCUCCUUCGCGCACUCCCUAGCCACGUACCACCGCUGCAAACACCUACUAGCAACAUGCUAUGACUCCCAAGAAACACUCUUCGCUAAAUACCCACAAGCGGAGAAGAAAAUUGCCGAGAUCAUUAGCUUAAAGACUAAGAACCAGCUGAAAUCGGGAAGGAAGGACAAUGAUGCCGCCAAUCCUCAGAGUUUAAUAGGCCCAAAAGUGCUGUUCUCCGUCGAUGCUAAGAAACUUGGUUCUGCGACGGGAGGCGCGAGGGACGUCCGAACUGGGUUUUCGAGGCAAGAGCGGAAGGAACCUGUCUGGAAGAAACACGAUGGGAAUAAGAGAAGUACUAGGUCUGCGAAAGCUACUGAAGAUACCGCGAGCAAUAAGGGCAAGGGUACGGGCAAGGAAAAGGGUGGGCCGUGGGACAUGAUCUGUUUCAAUUUCCCGCAUGUAGGUGGCCUUUCGACAGAUGUGAAUCGGCAAGUUAGGGCGAAUCAGGAGCUACUUGUUGCAUUCUUCAAGGCGUGUGUUCCGUUACUGGCAGAGCGGCCUGAGGAGCUCGGCGAUGAUGCUGAGGUGGAUGACGAUUGGGAGUUCGAGACAGAUGUGGAAGAUGAAUCUGAGGAAAGUGAUGGCGAUUAUGAUGAAGAGAACGGCAUUGUCAAGGCGAAAGACGAGCGUAGGACGGAGCCCGGCCAGGUAUUAGUUACGUUGUUUGAAGGGGAACCUUACACACUAUGGAAUAUUAGGGACCUCGCACGACACGCUGGAUUAAGGGUCGUGACGAGCUUCAAAUUCCCCUGGGCGUGCUACCGCGGCUACUCGCAUGCGCGGACGCUUGGGGAGAUUGAAGGGAAAGAUGGUGCAAGAGGGGGAUGGCGAGGUGAGGAUAGAGAGGCGAGGAUGUACGUGUUUGAGGUCAAGACGGAUGAUCACCCCCAACUCGGAGCCACCGGAAAGAGGAAGAAGAGGUCAACAGAUAUGGAUGAAUCAGAUAGUGAUUAA